UAGCUUUAAUUACGUUUGCAUUAUAUCCUUUUUACUGUUACAUACGUAUGAAUUGAUGUGGAUGUUGUGUCAAGUAUAUUAAAUUAUAUAGUAUUUAUCGAAAUUGUGUUCUUUUCGUGAUUUCAUAUAAUGUAUGUGACACGUGAACACCGAGUAAAUAUUGAAGCACUGCAAAUAAUUAAAUUACAAUUUAACGUCUGUUAACGUUAAUAAUAUUCACUCGAUAAUAUCAUGACUAUUAAAUGAUAUAAAAGACAAGCAUUAGGAAAAGUAUAACGAAAGCUAUGGAAGAUAUCAAUGCAAAGAGAGAUGCUAGAAGAAGACGAAUUUUGGAAAACUCGGAGAGACGUUUGUUGAAGAUUACUGGCCGAAAUGGUAAUACCAGAUCAGAAGAUACAUCUAGUCAAUAUUCGUUUCCCUAUAGCGAGGUACAAACAGAUAUCUCACAACCAAAUGUAAAUGGUGCAGUAUUAGACAGGUGUAACGAUGAAAUUAAUACCGCGAAUGUUUUCAAUUCUGAUGAUAUUUGGAACAGUACGUCGACCACUUUCAAAAAUAGAUACGAUACAAGAACCGAAGUCGAAAAUAUUCACUGUACUCCUAAUUAUACAAAAUUGUUACUACCUGGAUUAUUAACAAGUCGUAUAAAUUAUAUAUUGCUAGCCUUUGUUAUCAACAUUCUACUUGUGUUAGAAGUGGAUUAUUUAUUUGGAAAGACAAUUGCAAUACCAUACUUUCCAAUAAUGAUGGGACGUCUGUACAGUUGUAAAAAUACACAAGAAACACAAAAUGGUAGUCUACUGUAUGCUGCUUUGAUUUUAUGUAACAUUAAACCUGAAUUAACUUACCAGUUGAAAAAAAUUGUGUCAAUGAUCCAUAUGAUACUUGGAGAUUUAGCUUUAUACAUUUUUAGUUUCACCCUAACAUAUUAUGCGUUUUUAUAUUAUUUUCACGAAACAGAUAUUUUAAUUAAUUUAAAUGUAUGAAUAGCAUUACAUUUGAAAUACAAAUGGACAAAACGUUUAUCCUGAGAA